ACGCGUAGUGGGCACCAGAUGAUGCGAUUGGUCGGACGCUCCACGUUGCUCAAACCUAAACAGCAGCGUAAAGCAGAGACAGCCGGAGGAUGAAGCAGCCGGAGCAUCCUCAUCAUCUGAGCCAGGCGCACGUAGCCCGCUGUGUUGAAAAAAAAAAAUCCAAAUAGCAACGUGUGACUGGUGCAAGAGAGUGUGGUGAUACAUUAGACUGUCGAGAGAUAUUGUGUGCACCGGAUCCAGGCAGCUACGCAGCGCCAGACAACACGGCGCUGUUUUCUACCACCCGACAACUGAGUCUGAUCAUGGGUUUGUCCUCUUGGUAAUAUUGUCUGAGCUGCGACACACACGCCGCCUGCAUCCGUAGAGAAAACAACACCAUGGGUUCCAGACUGAGCAGGCAGAGCAGCCUGGACAAUGAGAAUUUCUCCAAAAAGCGACGCAGGCUUCUGGAUAGCGCCGGAGAGAGCGACAGGGUCAGCCGAGGCGGCGGCGGGGACUUUCUGUUUGCACUGAUGCUGAAAUCAGACAAACUGCCUGGGAUGCUGCGGAGGACCAACCACAGCCCGUACAUGAGGCGAGUGGCGUGGAUCAAAGACAUCCAGAAGCUGCUCCGUGACCGUAGGAUUGAGCAGGCAACCGAGGUGCUCAAAUUACUGAGGAAGGAUCUGGGUUUGGAAGGCACCUCGCUCAACGACAUCUUGUACAAAAACGCUGCCUUCCUCAACCUGGUGGACCCGAUCUCCCACGAGCUGCUGCUCAGCCUGGCUCGAGAGAUGCAGUGUCCGAAGAAGGAUGCAGACACCAUAAAGUCUUCUGAUAAGAUUUGCAGACAGCUGAUCUACCACCUGACCCCGCACUCGAAGUGGCUGAGGCAGAGCAUGUCCAGACGGAAAUCCCAGGCCUGUCUCAAGACAACCCUGCAGAAGAAGCUGUCCAGUGACUCGGUGGACCUGUCGGGCAUCCCCCUGUCCACCCGCGACGUCCGUCAAGUCUUCUUCUACCUCCAAAACAACCGAGACAGCGUGGUGGCCGUGGACAUCAGCUUCACCGAUCUCCAGGACGACAACCUGAAGAUUCUCCUGCCUCUGCUCGCAUCGCUGCCCAAACUCAGCACCCUGGCUCUCAACGGUAACCGCCUCACGCUGGUCAUCCUCAAAGACCUCACGGAGAUGCUCAAAGACCCCAAGAUGUUCUCCAGCCUGGCCUGGAUCGACCUGGGCAACAACGUGGACAUUUUCACCAUGCCGCAGCCGCUGCUGGUGGCGCUACGCCGGCGCUGCAGCCUGAAGAGCAGCUUACCAACUAUCUACGAGUACACGGAGGGUCAACCCUACUGCUACCACCUGGAGACUUCUAUCGAGGAGCCCAGCCACUACGAGGAGGAAGAGGAGGAGGAAGAGGAUGACGAGGAUGACAUGGGGAACAAAUUGGAGCUGGAGCCGUGGAGUUUAGGGGAGAAGCAGCUCUCCAAAGACUUCACCCUUCACUUCUGUGAGAGGUGAUGGGGUAUUUCCACUCCGAGGCUCUUUCAACUGUGGUUGAAACGUCGUCCCACAGCACUCCGUUACCUCCUUUGCCCUCUCGCCCUCACACCACGAGCCCAGUCACCCUCCGAGGCACGAGGGAGACAUGUGCCCACAUUGUGAACUUCUCGUCUCGACACGGCUACCAAGCUAUCCCUAACCAUCUCUGAGUUAACGCACACACGAAGAAAGUGAAGUGACGACGGUGGACUUACUGUGUUGGUGGAUGGUGCUCUUGGGAACGAGGUGCGGUUUCAUUGGAGGGGGGCUGGAAGAGUUAAUGAAGCGGUGCUCUCUCUCUCUCUCUCUAUCACUCUCUUUCUCUCUCUAUCACUCUCUCUCUCUCUCUCUCUGAUAGUGGCAGCUGAGGAGCCAAUCCCAAGGAGAUUUAGUUGGUUGGAUGGAGGAGCAGCAUCCCGGCGGUGGCUGAAGUGGAGCUCGAGUUAGUUUGGAAACAGAGGGUCCCUACGGGUUCUCUACCAGGACUGAGGCUAUCUCUGGCAGGCAGGGCCUCGCUCCACAUUGUGUGUUCUCUGUUAAUCUCUCAACAAAAGCUAUGACACAAGUUCAACAGACUAUACAGCCGACGACCCGUCACGUGACGCCAGCAAAACUGCUAGGUCAAGACUUUUUGCGUUUUCCCCCCCUUUCCAAAUGUCCACUUGUGAAUACCCACGCAGCCCUUGUGUAGAUGUAAAUGAGGACACAAAACAUGGUUCUCUUGUGUUUUUUCUCGGGCUAUUUUUGUGCACUUUUGGUGAACAAAGCAAUCUUAGAAGACAACAGGUAGGACUCAACAAUGGAAAGCUGUCACUGAUUGUUUUUGUACUUGCUGAUAUUCACCUCUUUGUAAUUAUGGAGCUGUUGUAGUCACCACCACAGUGUUUUCAGUGCAUCUAUGACACCACAGAGUUGAUAUGGGCCAGCGAGUCUGAGCAGUGCUGCUCGUCCUACUGCCGUUUGUCUCUAGAAAUGUGUUGUCCUUUGCGUUUAUUGAUACCGUACUUCAGUGGCCCCGCGACACAGCCAUGACUGUUACCUGUGGGUGGUAGUCUGUCUACAGUAGCACACAGUGAUUCAUUUAGACUGACUGACUUUAAGGGGACUAUUUCUUUCAUGUUUCUGUUUCUCCAUAGCAUAUACUCUGUGUGCAUUGUUUGUAUUUACAAAGCGGAACACAAACCUCUUUAAGGGUGAGAUGAUGACCAAAUGCCUCGUGAAAGUUAGAAGGAUCAUAGACGAGCAACAUCACCCGAUAUAUAAUAAAUGUCUAAGUGUGUGUUACACGUGUUUGUGUCUGAUUACUGCUGUAAUUAUUUGUGAUGUUUCGUCUUUUGUCUGUAAUUAUAAUAAUGACUGUAAUUGUGAAGCGCAGUGACCUCCAGCUAUAAGCUUGAACCGUAAACAAAAAAGGGACGUGGCCGUCAGAGCGGACACCUUUCACGUGGGACGUUUCCUUUUGAAGGAUGGAGAGCACUGUCCACUUUGUUCGUAGUUUAUGUUUCCGUGUGUCGACGUCUCUUCCUUGUAGCCUGUGUGUACUUGUCUCAUGCCGAACACUGACUGCCAAUAAAAGAACCGAUCCCAACUU